AUCAGGUUUAAGGGGGUGGGUCUCUUUUGAAGUAAUUCAGCAAAACGCUUACUGAGUCACAUCACUAUCCAGCUGAAAGAGAGACAGACAAUCAAACCUGCUUCUCAGGAACAUCGCAACAGAAGAUGACAAUGAAUGCCAGCUUCUUAAACCAGACUUGUGAUGUUUUCAUCUACAAGGAGUCUACGCGGAUCAUCUUUCCUAUUUUUUAUUGCCUGAUUUUUGUCAUCAGCGUGGCAGGUAACAGCCUGGUCCUCUGCAUCACCUGUCAGAAAAAGCAGAAGAUGAACUCCACCACCCUAUAUAUCAUCAACCUGGCCAUCUCUGAUACACUCUUCACUUUGGCUCUUCCCGGCAGAAUCACCUACUACAUCCGAGGCUUCGACUGGCCUUUUGGAGAUUUCUUUUGCCGGCUGACUGCCAUGAUCUUCUACAGCAAUACCUACGCUAGCAUUGCCUUCAUGACUUGCAUCAGUGUAGAUCGCUACUUGGCCAUGCUGCACCGUCAGAGGUGUCAAAAACUGAGGAAAAUCAAAGUCGUGCGAUGUAUCUGCAUUCUGGUAUGGGUGAUGGUGCUUCUUGAGACCUCCCCUCUGCUCUUUAGGAACAUUAUGGAAACCAGGGCCAACCAUCGAACGUGCAUGGAAUUAUUUAAUUUAGAUAGCCACGGGAUGGCUAUCACUCUCCUGUUUGCAUGCAUCAUCGGCUUUUGUUUUCCAUUGGGACUCAUCUUGUGCUGCUACAGUCAGGUCAGUUGCAAGCUCUCAAAGACAGCCAAAGAAAACCCAGUGACCAACAGGUCUGGAAGCAAUAGCAGGGCCAAAAACAUGAUCCUUCUCAUUCUGCUGAGCUUUGUGGUGUGUUUCAGUCCCUACCACAUCAACAUCAUGCAGUUUGCAGUGAGAAGGCUACUCAGUGAGCCCGACUGUGAGGACUUAAAGACUUUGAAAAUGUCUCUGCAGGUAACCGUUGCGAUGAUGAACUUUAACACCUGUCUUGAUCCUAUUAUUUACUUUUUUGCCAUCAAAACAUACAAGCAGAGAGUCAUGAGUCUUUUUAAGAGCUACAUUUCCAUUUCAGCAUCAUCCAGGAGCAUGCAGGAAAACAGCAGCAGUAACACAUGAGGGCUGAAAUUAUGUGAAAAAAACGGUGCAAACUGCAGAGGAAAUGUCUGCACACGUGUGAAAAUGCGGUUGGAUAGCUUUAGAGUACAGUUUCAUAUCUUUUCUUUCUGAGAAAAUACAAUACCUUAUUGAUGGUGUUAAAAUCUCUUUGUUUUUAUUUUUGACAUUUUUGUGAAUUUAAGAUUUCUGACAUAAGAUUACCGAUUUCAUGUUGUUUUUUGUGAUCAUUAUGAAUUUUAAUAUGAAUUUAAUAUAAUUUUGUCACAUUUAGAACUGCUCAUUUUGUUUGUGUAAUAUAUUUCUUAUUGUGAUUAAUAUCUAUGCUAUUGGAAUUUAUUUCCUUUUUUUUUUACUUGGUCAUGUAGGCCUUUCACUGACGUCAAAUAAAAAUUCUGAGAUUUAAUUCUCAAUGUCAAUUAAAAAUUCUGGCAUUUGCUUACCCUCCAAACCCAUACAAAAACUUUAUCAAUUUUAUCAGAUUUAUCAAAAAAAAAAAAGCAAACAAAAAAAACAUGAAAUAUGCCGUUUAAUCCAAUUUGUCUACCCAAAUAAACAUUAAUCUCUUCAUUUGUGUUGAGAAAAAGGUCUUAUGGGCAAGUAAAUGAUAACAGGACUUUCAUUUUUUGUACAAACUAACUCUUCAAGAAUAAUGAAUUAUUUGGAAAAGUCCCUCACAAAGGUCAAGGAGGCUAAAAGACCAUUCUAAGUAUGAGUGAUUAUGUAGGUGUAUGACAUUUCCAUAAGCUGCUGUUUAAAUACUGUGUUUUGCUUUAAAGACGCUCACAAUGUGUAACAUUUCAAGCGAACCCUUAUAAUGGCGUCCCAUUCCAUUUGGAAAUUUUAACUUACGAAGCUGUCAACUUUCUUUGAAUAUCAAUUAAAGAGUUCAUUUACAA